CAAAAAGAGCACACAGACUCCUCCUUCUAUUCCCCUCCUCUGUUCUCUCUGUCUACCUCUCUCAUUUUUUUUCCCCUCUCAGAUGCCCCUCUUUCACUCAUGCCGUCUCUCUCUUGUCCAAAUAGUAGUGGACUGUACUGACAGAAAUGUGGACAAUUGUUCUCUUGCUUUUCCUCUGUCUCCAGCCCGGUUCGGGUGAAGAAGUGAUGCUUCUGGACACUACUGAAUCCACGUCUGAACUUGGCUGGACAACUUAUCCUGAUACUGGGUGGGAUGAAGUGAGCGUUCUUGAUGACAAGGGCAAGCUUAUCCGCACCUUCGAGGUGUGCAACGUCAAUCAAAACCAGCGUCUCCAUGACAACUGGCUGGCCACUCCGUUCCUGUAUGGCCAUUCGGCUUCUCGGAUCUUUGUCACUCUACGCUUUUCUGUGCGUGACUGUGCCAGUCUGCGUUCACCCUCGCCGACCUGCAGGGAAACACUAACUCUCUACUAUAGGCAGGCUGACUCUCAGAGAGAAGUGGAGAGAACCUGGAGUGCAGAGCCUUCCAGUGGAGAGACCAGAGAGGGUUGGGUGAAAAUAGACACCAUCGCAGCAGACAAGAGUUUUAGCCGUGUAGAGCCAAGCCUUCCUCACCAGUACAAACCAGACCGGAUGCGGCGCAUCAACGUCAAGACCCGCAGCUUUGCCCCCCUCACACGUCACGGAUUUGUGCUGGCUAUAGUAGACAGUGGAGCAUGUGUAUCACUCAUGGGUGUGUCCAUAUUUUACCGCCGCUGUCCAGCAACAACUCUGUACCUGGCCUCCUACAUGGCCACCCCCUCAGGGGCAGAGCCUACAGCCCUGGUUCCAGUGACCGGGACUUGUGUACCUCAUAGCCAAUCACAGGGUGGGACAGCACCCCGGAUGCACUGUAAUGCUGAGGGGGAGUGGAUGGUGCCUGUAGGAGGAUGCACAUGUGAUGCAGGAUAUGAACCAAAUCAUAACGGCACUGGCUGUCUCGCAUGUCAGAUGGGUUUCUAUAAAGCCAUGUCGGGUUCGAUUUCAUGCACUGAAUGUCCAGCUAAUAGCAGAACCAGCGUGGAGGCUUCUAAAUUGUGCGAGUGCCGCAGCGGUUUUUACAGAGCAGCAAGUGAUGCUAACACCACUGCCUGCACCGCUCCCCCAUCGGCCCCUGUGUCUUUGUCCUGGGAGUACGAGAGCUCAGAAGGAGGCGUGUCUCUACGCUGGAAGCCCCCACUGGACCUGGGGGGUCGGAGUGAAGUGACAUAUGGGGUGGUGUGCCGAAUCUGCCCUUCGGCCACACAGAUACACCCUGGUUCCUGCUCCUGGUGCGGAGAUUCGGUCACAUACGUGCCCUAUAAAAGUGGCCUUAGACAAACUAAAAUCACUCUUAGCAAUCUGCUUACCCGAGUCACCUAUCUCAUACAGGUUCAAGCUAUGAAUGAUGUGUCUCCUCUCAGUCCUUUCCCACCGCAGUUUGCUAGUAUCAACUUCACCACCAGCCAAUCAGUACCUUCUGAGGUUCCCAUACUGCAUCAGCUCAACAGUGCUCCAGAUUCGAUUACUCUGUCCUGGCCUCAGCCUGACCGGCCCAAUGGAGACAUCCUGGAGUAUCAGCUUAGAUACUAUGACAAGAGCUCUGAUGAGAGCAGUGCAACCAGUGUGUUUACUGAGACGAACACAGUGACCGUGGCUGCUCUGACCCCAGGCUCCAUUUACGCCUUCCAGAUCCGAGCACGCAAUGAAAGGGGCUAUGGCCCUUACAGCAACUCGGUCUACUUCAGCACUCUGGCUAUGGAAGAGCGGUCCAGGCAAAUUCAAAGCCACCUGCCCCUGCUGGUUGGGUCUGUGAUGGGUGGAGCUGCAUUUUUGUUAGUUGUGGCAGCAGUCGUCAUUGUGUUUGUUUUUAGGACAAAAAGGAGAGAGAGCCAUUACAGUGACAGACUUCAGAGAUAUAUUAGCAACCGAGCCGGGGUAAAAUAUUACGUGGAUCCUUCCACUUACGAGGAUCCGAGUGAGGCGGUCAAAGAAUUCGCCCGGGAAAUUGACCCUGCUCAUCUGAAGAUUGAGGAAGUAAUUGGUGCUGCUCAGUUUGGUGAGGUAUCCAGGGGUAGAUACAGGCCUUUGGGCCGUAGAGAAGUGCUGGUAGUGGUAAAGACUCUACGAUGGGGAGUGACAGAUCGUGAGAGAGGCAUGUUUCUCAGCGAGGCUGGUGUCCUGGGCCAAUUCGAUCACCCCAAUGUGCUGAAGCUUGAAGGUGUGAUCACACAUACUCCUCCUGAACGCAUCAUUAUGGAGUUUAUGGAGAAUGGCCCCCUGGAUGCUUUCCUCAGAGAAAAUGAGGAUCAGUUCAGUGUGUUGCAGCUGGUGGGUAUGGAAAGAGGCAUCGGAGCAGGAAUGUGUUACCUUUCCGAGAGGAACUUUGUGCAUCGUGACCUUGCAGCUCGAAACGUUCUGGUGAACUCAAAUCUGGUUUGUAAGGUCUCUGACUUUGGUCUGUCACGGCUCAUGAAGGACCUGGACCACAACAUGCCAACCUACACUGCAUCACUGGGUUCUAAAAUACCUAUAAGGUGGACGGCUCCUGAGGCUUUCCAACAUCGUAAGUUUAGCUCGGCUAGUGAUGUCUGGAGCUUUGGUAUACUAAUGUGGGAGGUGAUGUCAUAUGGAGAACGGCCAUACUGGGACAUGAGCAACCAGGAAGUAAUGAAGGCAGUAGUUGAUCAGUAUCGUCUUCCCGCUCCUAACAGCUGCCCUCCUGCUCUACACGCGCUGAUGCUGCAGUGUUGGCAGGCUGAUAGACAGGAUCGUCCUAAAUUCGACUCUAUCCUCUCUUCUCUGGACCGGCUCAUACGUCACCCUGCAUCCCUCAAGGCUGAGCAUGCUCGCCCAACCCAACCCCUGCUUAGUCCCACCCAACCCCUGCUUAGUCCCACCUCCACAGAUCUGUCAGCAGUGACGACAGUCAGCGAGUGGCUGAGUGCUCUAAAGAUGGACCGCUACAAGGAUGAGUUCGAGAGAGCACAGCUGCACAGCCUGGAGAGAGUGAGCUUGCUCACUAUGGAGGAUGUGCAGGCUUUGGGGGUAAACCUGUUGGGCCAUCAGCGAAAGAUUGUGAAUGCAGCACAGCAGCUCAGGACUCAUCUCACUCAGGGACAGGUGGAGGUGUAGAGGACUUUCCCCUUCUUUUGUGUGAACACUAUCAUACACAGACGUCCAGUCCACCCUACACAGCAGCCCACGUCUGGCAGCACCGGGAGAUACAAAGGACUAAGUGUUAUGGCACAAUAAGAACAUUAUUUUAUUUAUAUAUAUAUAUAUAUAUAUAUAUAUAUAUAUAUAUAUAUAUAUAUAUAUAUAUAUAUAUAUAUAUAAUUUUUUACAAUAUUUUUGUUGCAGUAUCUCUCUUAUAAACACCAGUUUUCUCCCUUCAUUGACUUGUUUAGGUGCCCAUACUCUUUUCUCAUUUGUCUCCAUCAUUGAUCCAUCCACAUUCCGGUCUGCCUUGUUUCCACACACACACACUCAAGCACACCCAAACAUCCAUUCUUCAUUAUGCAGACUGCAAAAUAAAAAUCAGCUGUAAGCUAAUGCCUGACAAAAAUGAAACAACAAAGGGAGUUACCAGUACAAUCACCUGCACACAUGGCAGUCGGUUUUAGCAGCUGUAAGGCUUUUGGUUUGUUUAAACAUGGUUACUAAUUCAACUACUAAUUGAAUUAUUUUUUCCACUUUAUUCCUUCUUAUCUCUAUUAUACACAAGGCUGCUUAGUCUUUCAUGAGCUGAAUCACAUUUGUUUUGAAGUUGGAACAGCUUAUAAUGAUUAUAUUCACUUGCUCUGGACUUGUGCACUCAUUAUUUUUAAGCACCAAUCAGGAAGGCAAAUUUGGUUCACUUUCAUGCUAAUUAAGACAUGAAUGCAAUUUAAGACUUUUAUGUAGUGUUUAAGGUCACUUUAAAAAUCACUACCAUUUAACACUCUUUUAUUGUUACACACUGUGCAAUUCUUACUAAGACAUCAUCCAUACAUCUUUGUAUUCAAUACAUAACAACAGGUUAUGCUCAGAUUACAAGGCCGAGUUGCGCCAAAUCCAA